GAGGUGCACGGUGCCCUGGAGCGGCUCUGUCUCGCGCAUACACGCACCGCGUCUCUAUGGGUGAGUGGAUGCUGAGAGAGAAGAAGACUGUGACUGAGAAGAAAUAAAAAAAAAAAAGACAGAAAGAGGAGAGAAACCUUAAAGAUCAGCGACAGACCGGGUAGAGCAUUGCGGGGCUGGUUUCUGCUGCAGACUGUGUGAGGAAACCAUCCCAGCUGAUCCAAACGCGCUCACCUGACAAGGGGAACGGAGACGCAAGAAUACCCUUCAUUGGAGGAGUAAACCCAUCCUUACCCCAGAUCUGUGGAAUGGGAUCAGCUGUCAUUUUUGGAUUGGAUAUUAUGUAAAAAAAAACAAAAAAACAAAAAACAAAAAAAGAAAGAAAGAAAGCGCAGUCCAGCUGGCCAGAGCGGCUCCAUUCAACAUUUUGUCCGGGAGGAUUGUCUGUCGUUUGGGGGGGAAUUGGAAACCCGUUUGCAUACUAAUCAGGUUUUGGAGGGGAUAUCCAUAGCGCACAUCCAGAGCAGCGGAGUGGGUCAGAUGAAUGUGUAGCAGAACCCAGCCAUGCAGAUAACAAGUAAAGGGUCAAGACGGAGGCCUUGGGUCAGUCUCUGGCAGAGGAAACAGCUUUUUUAUUUUUGCAUCACUCUUGUCCUUGUUCAGUUCACAACAGUCCAUGGAACAUUGGAACUCCAGCUAGAUGAAGAACAACCAGCAGGAACAAUCGUUGGUGACAUUAGCGCUGGGUUACCGCCUGGAGAAACUGCAAGCCUUUACUUCAUCUCAGACCAUGAGGGCACAGGUGUCGGCAGUGACCUUAACAUCGACGAGACCACAGGCAUCAUUACCACUGCCCGACGCCUGGACCGAGAGCAGAGGGACCACUACAGCUUUAUCGCCGUGACGAUGACCGGAGUCACGAUCGAGGUCUCAAUCACCGUCAACGACAUCAACGACCACGCACCUGUGUUCCCCAAAAAGAAAGCUCUGUUAAAGAUACCUGAGCACACAGCAGUAGGGACACGGUUUUCCCUGGAACCGGCAACUGAUGCAGACAAGGACCAGUUGACCACCCAAGGUUACACUAUUCGAGAAGGUAACGUGGGCCAGGCGUUCAGACUGGAGACCAAGAGAGCUGCUAACAAGGUCCUGUAUCUAGACCUGGUGGUCAAUGGACCGCUGGACAGGGAGAAACGCUCAGCAUACACCCUUGUCUUGGAGGCCUUUGACGGGGGUUCACCCAAAAGAAUGGGAUCCAUGACCCUGGACGUGACUGUGACUGACAUCAACGAUCACGCUCCAGUUUUCAAUCAGAGCCGAUACCACGCUAUUAUCUCUGAAAGUCUCCCACAAGGAAGUAGCAUCCUACAGGUGUUUGCAGCAGAUGAAGAUGAGGGCGAUAAUGGUCUAGUGCUUUAUGAAAUCAACCGCCGUCAGAGUGACCCUGACCGCUACUUUGUGAUGGAUGUUAAGUCAGGGGUCAUCACACUCAAUAGACCCCUGGACUAUGAGCUAAAGAGGGUCCAUGAACUAGUGGUUCAGGCCCGUGAUAAUGCCAGCCAUCCUGAGGUGACCAAUGCAUUUGUGACAAUUCAUGUCCGUGACUAUAAUGACAACCAACCCACCAUGACCAUCAUCUUCCUCAGUGAGGAUGGGUCUCCAAGGAUCUCCGAAGGGGCUCAACCAGGCCAGUAUGUAGCUCGGAUAUCUGUCACCGACCCAGACUAUGGAGAGUAUGCAAAUGUAAAUGUGUCCCUAGAGGGCGGCGAUGGGAAAUUUGCUUUAACCACCAAGGACAGCAUCAUUUACCUGAUAUAUGUAGACCAGGUUUUGGACAGAGAGGAGCGGGAUUCGUAUGAUCUCAGGGUGAUGGCCACAGACUCCGGCACCCCUCCCCUCAGAGCGGAGUCAUCCUUCACCAUCCAAGUGACAGAUGUCAAUGACAACCCCCCUCUGUUCGACCAGCAGGCCUACAAACAGACCAUACCUGAGGUUGUCUAUCCGGGUUCCUUUGUUCUCCAGGUUACUGCCAGGGACAAGGACCAAGGCCCCAAUGGAGAUGUCCGAUAUAGCCUCCUCAAAGACAAAAACUCGCACUCUGAUUGGUUUUCCAUCGAUCCAGUUACAGGGAUCAUUACCACAGCCACUGCUCUGGAUUUCGAAUCAGAGCCUGCACCCAGCAUCACUGUUGUUGCAACAGAUGGUGGACGCCCGCCGCUGUCAUCCACAGCAAAAGUGGACAUUGUGCUUCAGGAUGUUAAUGAUAACACACCUGUGUUUUCCAGCAACUUCUACAAUGCCUCCAUUAAGGAGAACACCCCAGCUGGGACCUGCUUCUUAGAGGUGUCAGCCACAGAUGAGGAUCGCGGUUCCUUUGGUGCCAUUUCCUACACCCUGGGCUCUAGCUCUGCUGGAGGAGUGGUGCCAACACACUUCACCAUCGACAAGGAAACUGGACAACUUUGCACCAGCACAACUCUGGACCGGGAUGACGGAUUGGACCACUUUGACCUGACUGUCACUGCAACAGAUGGAGGUGGUCUCAGCUCAGUGGCUCGUGUAAGGGUCUUAGUGGUGGACAUUAAUGACAAUCGACCCACCUUUUAUCCUGUCCUCUACACGGUCAGUCUCAGCACCCAUAGUGCCCCGGGAACCUCUGUUGUCAAGGUAACAGCCAAUGACCCUGAUUCAGGGCAGAAUGGUAGGGUGACCUAUCGCACGGUACCAGGAGGAGGCUCCGCUUUCUUCACCCUCAACAAGGACACAGGUGUGAUCUCUCUAUCGCGUUCACUUCAUGGCAAAGCCAACACUGUAAUCUCCAUGGUGAUAUCGGCUGAGGAUGGCGGAGGCCUGACAGCGCCGGUCAAUGCCAGAGUGAACGUGAGCGUCGUGGCGGGUUCAGUGGCGUCUCCCGUCUUUGAACAGGCACAUUACUUCUUCACUGUGUCGGAGGAUGUCCUCAGGGGGACAGCUGUGGGAGUGGUCCGUGCUUCCAUCAGGACAGGUGGUGCUAAGGAGAUUUCCUACUCCAUCUCCUCUGGAGACCCAGAUGGUUACUUCAUGGUGGACAGUGCUACUGGCACCAUUCGCACUGCUCUUUCUCUGGACCAUGAGAUCUGCUCUAGCCUUGACUUGGAGAUCCAGGCUCGCACCGGCUCUCCUCCAGCAUAUGGAACCAGUCGAGUACGCAUUACCAUUUCAGACGUCAAUGACAAUGCUCCCACAUUCUUCCCAUCCUCAUCAGAGUCCCUUCUUUUACCUGAGAUCACCAAAAUGGGAGCUGUCAUCUACCGCAUUCAGGCCUCUGACAAAGACUCCGGUCAUAACGGUCAGCUCAGCUUUGACCUGGUGUCUGCUGGAGCUGCAGGCAGCAGCGGUCAGCGGACAUUUGGUGUUGACCGUGGGAGUGGGGAGGUACGUCUGAUUGGCAGCCUGUCAUAUGAAAGUGUCCCUCGCUAUGACCUUCAGGUGGUUGCCAAAGAUGGCGGGGCACCUCAGCUUAGCUCCACAUUCACUCUUGUGGUCCACAUCCAAGCACAGGAUGCACAAGGCCCUCAUUUUGACACCCUGACCUACCGUGUGGAGCUCCGGGAAAACACACCUCUUAACACACGUUUUCUUCAGGUUAGAGCACUCAACAGGGAGGCGUCUGGGAAUGGUGGAAGCUCAUCAUCAUCUUCCGCCUCUUCUAUUUCCUACCGCCUCAGACCAGACGGUGAUGCUGCUGGGUUUGGCAUCAUGCCUGAUAGCGGUUGGCUUUUUGUUCGUAGUUCUCUGGAUCGUGAAGUCAAAGACAUGUACCUACUGACUGUCCUGGCCACCUCGGGCCUGGGCGGGGUGGGGCGGACUGGCAGCGCAACAGUGAGGGUAACAGUGACCGAUGAGAAUGACAAUUUCCCCCGACUGAGCCAAGAGAGGGUGUUCCUGGCUGUCAGAGAGAACCUGUUGCCAGGAACAGGCUUUGGUCGAGUGUCUGCGACAGACAGAGACGCAGGACUGAAUGCUCGGCUCACCUACAGGCUGCUGCACACCGACAGACACUUCCAGAUCAAUUCACAAACAGGUGAGAUCAGCACUCGUCUUGCCUUGGACAGAGAGCAGCAGUCAAGCUAUCAGCUGGUUGUUGUCGUACAGGAUGGAGGCACGCCCCCUCGCAGUGCGACCGGCACCGCUCAUAUCACUGUGCUCGAUGAAAAUGACCACGCCCCCACUUUUACUCAUGCCAGACCAGACAGGGAGCUGCUGCUACAGGUUAUGGAGGGGCUUCCAUCAGGAACAGUCAUAGAGACAUUAACAGCUAAAGACCCAGAUGAGGGAGAAAAUGGCACAAUCUUCUACUCUUUAUCAGGUGCCAGAGCAGAGCGUUUUUCUCUGAACCCGACCAGUGGUGAGUUGAGAACCGCCUCACCUCUGAGAUGGGCAGAGCGGGCUGAGUACACUUUUACUGUGACGGCUGCAGACCACGGCACACCAGGUCUGAGCUCCACCUGCCAGCUGCGGAUCCAGGUUCUCAGCUCAUCCAGGUCAAACCCUAAACCCAACGUGCUUUCCAUGACACUAAACACUGUUGAAGGGGCAGCUCCAGGAUCCGUCAUCGGCUCAGUUCGCCCACACGAUCAGCAUGACUCUGCUUUACUGGACGGCCAGGUGACCUAUCUGGUGGUCGGGGGGACGGACCGAGACGGUACCUUUAUGGUGGAUCGUUUAAAGGGUGACGUGUACCUGGUGCGUGAACUGGACUAUGAGAAGGGAUCCAGGUAUACCCUGCAAAUCGAAGUGUCCGACUUCUCCCAGGCAUUUCCCAGCAGUCACCUGGUGCAGCUGGAUAUCAACGUGCAGGACAACAAUGACCAUGUACCGCAGUUCACAGAGGAUCCUGUUACUAUAGUGAUCCAAGAGAACAUAGAGCCAGGGGCCUCUGUGUACACCUUCCAGGCAGUGGAUCAGGAUGGCAGUGGGCCCAACAGUGAUGUUCGGUACUCCAUUGAACACUACUGGCCCGACACUGCGGACCUACUGACCCUUGACCCCGUCACUGGAGUCCUGACUCUGGGACAGAAGUUGGAUCGUGAGACGACGCCCUCGCUCUAUCUUGUGGUUCGAGCCACAGACCAGGCCGUGGAUCCUUCGAAGCGGCGCUGGGGUUCGGUCACAGCUCGGGUGUUUGUGACAGAUGAAAAUGAUAACGCUCCGGUUUUUAGCUCUCCAUCUGCUGUCAGCGUUAUGGAGGAUCAGCCUGUCGGCUUUGUGAUUUUGUACGUGAUGGCUCGAGAUGACGACGAGGGAGAAAAUGGCCGUGUGUCGUAUAGAAUCCAGACAGGCAACAGCGCUGGUCGUUUCAGUCUCAACCCCAACACCGGUUCUCUGUCUAUCCUUAAAGCCCUGGAUCGGGAGGAGCAUGAAGUCUUCAAUCUGACAAUUAUAGCAGAGGAUCAUGGGAUACCUCAGCUUUCCACCUCUCAGGUGUUGUGUAUCCAGGUGAUUGAUGUAAAUGAUGAAGCUCCAGUGUUCCAGCGACCAGAGUUUGAGACCCAGGUGAUGGAAAACCAAGGACCAGGAACCACAGUGCUGAUCGUCACCGCCACCGACCGGGACCAAGGAUCUAAUGGCCAGGUGACGUACGGAGGAGUAACAGAGGAGGGCUUUGUCAUCAACCCUGUUACAGGAGUCAUCACCACCACCAGGGAACUAGACAAAGAGCAGCAAGAUCACUACAUACUCACAGUGUAUGCCAGAGAUGGAGGACUGCCCUCUAACUUUGCUAAGGCUGUAGUCCGUGUGGAGGUGCAAGAUGUAAACGAUAACACUCCGGUCUUUGCAAAACCGUGGUAUGGGUUGGAGGUGCCCGAGAACCAGGCUCCUGUAGAACUUUGUUUUCUCAAGGCCACAGACCCUGACUCAGGUCCUAACGGAGAGCUCGAGUACAGGAUCACUGCUGGGGAUCCAGAUGGAGAUUUCAGCCUCCACGCCAACACAGGAGCGCUGUCCACUUCGCGCGCUCUAGACAGAGAGACGAGGGAUGAAUAUACUCUGGAGGUUGUGGCCACAGAUAAAGGCAGCCCUGCUCUCAGCGCUACAGUCACAGUGGAAGUCCGAGUGCUGGAUGUGAAUGACAACAGCCCCGUCUUCAGCCGCAGUAGUUACUCAGUUGAUGUGUCAGAAGAUGCAGUAGAAGGCACACAAGUUUUGGAGGUCAAAGCUGUCGAUAAGGAUGAAGGUCUGAAUGGGAAAGUCCUGUAUUUCCUCAGCCGAGAUGCACACGGGGCGUUUACUAUCGAUGAAAACACUGGGCGUAUCACCACAUCAGCUCCUCUGGACCGAGAGAAAAUAGCCUCAUACACUUUCCAGGUGUUUGCCGUUGACCUUUCACCUGCUGCACCGAGGAACACCUCUGUUCAGGUGAUAGUCACCAUCCUAGAUGUCAACGACAACACUCCCUUCUUCAUCCAGGAUCCACUGAUCAUUGAAGUGUCCACUAGGCGUUCCCAGCGUGUUCUGGCCACCAUGAAGGCUGAAGAUAAGGAUUUUGGAGCCAAUGGUUCUGUAUUUUACCGAUUUGCCGCACCGGUCAAAGGUUUCAGUAUCAACUCUCUGACUGGGGAGAUUCAGGCUACGGAGCCCCUCACUGAGCUGACCCAGGCUCAGAGGACCCUGAUUGUUGAGGCCAUGGACCAGGGAAGCCCAGCUCAGUCAGCCCAGGGCGUGGUGGUGAUCUUUGUAAAGGAGGUGGAGUACAAUGGCAUCCGCUUCUCGAGGAAUGCUAGAGACGUCAGCAUACAGGAGAACGCUGCAAAAGGCACAGCUGUGGCUCAGGCUCAGGCUCAACACCCAGAUGGUACACAUAAGGGUAUCAGCUACAGCCUCUUCAGCGGGAACAGAAGGCAGGCCUUCAGCAUCAGCUCUUCAACAGGUGAAAUCUCAGUACAGAGCUCUAAGGGACUGGACUUUGAAGACACACCCAGACUCCGUUUAGUCGUGAAGGCUGAAACUGUGGCCUCCACAUCUUUCAUGGCUAUAAACUUAAUCCUGCAGGACGUCAAUGACAAUCUUCCUCGUUUCCAGCUCCAGAAUUAUGUGGCCUACAUGAGAGAAGCACAGGGAUAUGAAACACCCAUUAUACAGGUGGUGGCUGAGGAUGUGGAUCAGGGCCAGAAUGGUCAGGUGACCUACUCCAUCCAGUCAUCGGGUAUGAGCGGCCUGUUCAAGAUCGACCCGAUGACAGGAAGCAUCACCACGGCAGCCAUCAUGGACCGAGAGAUCUUUACCCAGACCAAACUGGUAGUUACAGCAACUGACAGAGGAAGUCCACGACUGGCAGGUUCGGCUACGUUAACAGUGAUUAUUGUGGACCAGAAUGAUAACAGUCCUACUAUUCCUGUGCCUCAGGAAAUCCGCAUCCCAGAAAAUACGUUGAUUGGCACAGAGAUUACUUUGGUGACGGGUAAUGAUGUCGACUCCAGCCCUGCUCUGUCCUACUCUUUGCAUCUGGACCCGACAGCCUUAGGGAAGUUUGGGAUCCAUCGCUUCAGUGGAGGUGUGGCCCUCACUGCCCCGCUGGACUUUGAGGAGAAGACCUGGUACACCCUGACUGUCAGAGCCACUGACAGCCAGCACCAGACCGAGGCCAACAUUACAAUCCUGGUGGAGGAUAUAAACGAUAAUGUGCCUACAUUUACCCAUGAUCUCUAUCAGGUGACUCUGCCUGAGCACACACCACCAGGAAGUGCAGUUAUCACAGUAACAGCAACUGACAGGGACUCUGGAGAGAAUGGAAAGAUCACCUACAGCGUCAUGUCAUCCACCCAGGAGGGCUUCUACAUUGACCCCAACAAUGGAACACUGUUCAUUAAUCAGAGAGCUGAAUUUGACCCUGAACGUCCAUCCGUCAACAUUGUCAUCGAAGCUCGUGAUGGAGGCUCACCUCCACUCUCCUCCCUUACCACCAUCCAGGUCCAAAUCUCUGACGUCAAUGACAAUGCUCCUUUGUUCCACCAAUCAGAGUACAGGGCUACAGUUUCUGAAGACAGCAUCCCAGGGUCCACGAUUCUGACUUUUGAGGCAUUUGACAGUGACCUCUCUAGAGAAAACUGUGGCUUUGACUUCGCUAUUGCUAAUGGCAAUGAAGGAAAUGCCUUCCAGAUUGAAAGCAGUGUACGGUUCCUAGAGGGACGGGGCUUUCAGACUGUAGGGACCCUGCUGUUGGCUGAGGGUCUUGAUUUUGAAACCAAACCACUUUAUAAUCUCACUGUGGUGGUGUCAGACCGCGGCGUCCCCCAGAGGAGCUCUAGUGUUGCUGCGGUGAUAGCCAUUGGUGAUGUGAAUGAUAACCCACCAGUGUUCAGCAGAGCAGAGUACACUGUGUCGCUGAGUGAGGGAGCUGCUGCCGGGACUGAGAUCAUACGACUGACUGCCACAGACCCAGACUCAACGCCCAACGCUCAGGUCCAGUACACCAUCAGCUCCGGCGAUGAGGUAAACUUGUUUGCUGUGGACCAAUGGACAGGAGCCCUGCGACUUCAGCGAGCACUCGACCGUGAACACCAGUCGACACAUGUUGUCAUUGUCCAGGCCACAGAUGGACAGGGUCACUUUGCACUAGCUCCAGUCACUGUUGACGUCAAAGAUGUGAAUGACAAUCAUCCGUACUUCCCUGUGGAAGUCCUGACAGCGAGCAUCAGAGAAAAUCAACCAGCAAACUCAGCAGUGACUGUUCUCCAUGCCAUUGACCACGACACAGGAGUGUUUGGCCAGUUGAAGUACUAUAUGAUAGAGCGCUCCAGUGGGGGAAAAGACAGCUUCAUCGUGGACCAGAACUCAGGAGAAAUCAGAAGCAAAUUGUCCUUUGAUUUCGAGAAGGUCAAUUCCUUUAACUUCGUAGCAGUGGCCGUCGAUUCAGGCAACCACUCAGCCACUGUGACUGUGCAGGUGUUUGUUACAGGGGAGGAUGAGUACGACCCACUCUUCACAGCUUCUGAUUUCGCCUUUGAAGUCCCAGAGGGAGCCAAGAAGGGCCAGAGCAUUGGCCACGUUCAAGCUAAUGAUGAAGACGGUGGAGUGGAUGGUAUUGUUCUCUUUUCUCUUCCUACCCCGUCCCCUUACUUUGAUGUGAAUAAAACCACUGGCGUUAUUUUCCUUAAACUGGACGGUUCAGGCAGCAGCAGUGGCAGUGGUUCUGGUCGAGCCAAACGGGAAACCAGGCUGAUGACUCUAGACGUGAAAGCCCACAGUCCACUGGAUACUUCUCGCACUGCCACAGCCCAGAUUUCCAUCGAUGUCACAAACACUAACUUUGGCCUGGCCCCUGAUGUCAACAUCCUGCUGAUCAGCAUCAUUGCUGUGUCCCUGGGUUUCAUCAUACUGCUUGUAGUCAUGGCUGUUGUGGUGUUCCUGGUUAAGUCACGCAGGAGAAAGAAGGACCAGGACACAGGUAACAGAAAUGUUGCUUCAGGUACUGCCUUGCAGAAAUUGGAUGAGUGUAACUCAGGACCAGGAGAGAGGAUCUAUCACCAGACACUGCCGGGCUAUGCUGCAGAUCAGGGUGGGGCAGGUGGGGGUCCUUACACCAGGGGAGGCUCUCUGGAUCCCUCUCACUCCAGUGGCAGAGGUUCAGCUGAGGCAGCAGAGGAUGACGAAAUCAGGAUGAUUAACGAGUACCCACGUGUCGCUUCCAUCACCUCGUCCAUGCAGGAGCACAUCUCAGCUAGAGGACCUGACUCUGGGAUCCAGCAGGAUGCUGAUCAGCUGUCUGAUAUCUCCUGUGAGCCUGCAGCUUUGGAGGGCAGCACCUGGUUUAAAGGAAAGAAACUGGGAGGCAGCCUCAGUGGGACCCUGCUCUCUGGCCAGCUCCCAGUCUAUAGAGAUGAGGGAGGUGGAUACCUCGGAGUUGGACGUGGCCUCAACAUUUCCCUCCCCAAGGAUUAUGCCUUCCCAGAGGAUGGUAAGCCUUCAGUGGACGGGUCCCUCACUGCUAUUGUUGCCAGUGAUGAGGAGCUUCGUGGAAGUUAUAACUGGGAUUACCUUCUCAACUGGUGCCCUCAGUUCCAACCUUUAGCAAACGUCUUCACAGAGAUUGCCAGGCUGAAAGAUGAAACAGCUCAGCAGACACAGAAUCCUCGCCAGCCUUUCCAGCCCAAGCCCAAAAUAGAUCCCAAACCUAGAAUUGACCCUCCACCACUUAUCACAUCAGUGGCCCACCCAGGGGCCAUGUCUGUACCCCCAAAAGUCCCUGUGAUUGGGCGGACAUUCCCCCAUUUAGCUUCACUUCGCAGGUCUCCAAUCAGUCAUGAGGGCUCCAUUUCAUCAGCAGCCAUGUCCCCCAGCUUUUCCCCCUCUCUUUCUCCACUGGCAGCUCGAUCUCCAGCUGUUUCUCCCUUUGGGGUCAACCAGGGGCCCUCAGCAUCUAUGAUCAGCACCAGGGAACCUUCACUGGACCAGAGUCCUGACCAUGAGAUGAGAAUAUGAUGGUCAAUUCAGGAACAUAUUUAAGAAAAAGAACUUGUAAACAGACACCAUGAGAAUAAGACAGACUGUCCUUUUGACUGUUUUUUUUUUUUUUUAACAAAACAAUAGAAUGUAAGUGGAGGUUGUAUUGUCUUUCUCAGAAAUCUAUACUUUUUAGAGACUUUUUAGAGAGACUGGAGGUUUCACUAUUGUCCAUAUAGUGACAUUGGUUCCAAGUGCCGAACUACAUUUUGCCCACUGAUGGGUUUCCAACUUCCCAGGAUUUCCUGAUGUGGGUUUUGGACAAUAAGCCUACAUAAAUACAUACUUUUACCUUCUUUGGUAAAAUAUGGACAUUCGUUAAAGUAUUUUCCUUUUGAAUCAUCAAUGUUGACACACAAACGUGGAACAUGUGCUUGGGUUGACAGGACCAGCCCACCCCUUCAUGUCCGCAGUGACGCAGGUCUCUAGGAACUGAACAGGGUCUUAUGGAAAUGUGCACUUUCCAUGCCCUGCAGUCAGAGAUCCCUUAGCUUGUAGAUAAUGUAGUUUUCAUGUUACCUCACUGGCUGGCCAGAGAAUUCAGGACCUUGUUCCUCUCUUUGUGUCUGUGGACAUUUUUACACAUCAGUAUUAAACUCAUCAUGCGGCUGCUUUUAAAAUGGAAUAUGGACAUAUGUAAGAUUCCUAUGAACAGAGAAAAAAAAUGUGUGUUCACGAAAUGAAAACAAGUUGCCAAACAUCUUACAGUUGAACAACAAUUGAGAUUAUUGCGGCCCUACCUUUUCUGAUGACAUUUCUUUUGAUUUGAUUUUUUUAUUUUUUAUAUAUUUUUAUAUGGAAUUAUGAUUUCAGACACAUCAUUAUUUCACAUGGAGAGGUUAUCAUUUUUGUGUAUUUGCAUAUAUGUAUAUGUGUAUGUAUGCAGGUUACCCUACGUACUGUAUGUACAUGUACUAGGUUUUUAGAGACUUUUGUGGUUCCUGUGUGAGUGACAGAGAGACUUCUGUGUUUUAAGCAUUAUUUAUACAAAACGUGGAUUUGCAAACACAUUUAGGACUGUAGGAAACAAAUUAAGCACUAUCCUGUGCUGUCACCGGAAAACCUUUUGUUAUUUGUCAAAAUGUAUAUCAAUCCAAACUCAAAACAGCAACUGGAUGACAACAUGUGAUCAGUCUACGGCUGCUUCUCCAGCAGUUGUGGUGUACAGUUAUGCACAACAGCACAUCCCUUUUGUUAUUCAGGGAUUACUCAAUUUGCUUGUCACCUCUGUGUCUUUGAAAGAAAGUGCUUCCUAAAUUAACUUACAUCAGUCAUUAACUUUAACUGCAUUUAACUGUGAAGUUGGUUCAUCUCAGCACAAUGGAAACAUGUAAGGAACAGGCUGGGAUUUUCAAGUGGCAUAACUAACCAAAGGCAGCCAGUACAUGAAAUGUUUUGGUAAAAUGUAGCACAUGAGCCAGAUAAGUGGGAAUUAAAAAAAAAAAAAAAGUAUAAAUGCAUGAGCCCUGAUGAAUGUACAAGGAUUUAGCAACCAGUUCAGUAUUUAUUUCCCAUGUUACCUCUGUGUUCUAUGCAUUUUACUUCUGUAUGACUCACACAUCCAGAUUGUUAGCAACAUAACAUGAUGUUUUUAGCCAUUACCAUCUCUGAUUUUUCUGGUUCACAUACUUUUAAGAAUCUAGUGUAGCAAGAGGCUUUAAAUAUCUCCUUCAUUCGCUCAGUGUUUUUGUUCUUUCAGGCUGUUUUCAGUCUGUGGGGAUAAUUACAGCGAUUUGAUGUCUUCUUGUUUUCAAGAGAUGGCCUCUACCUCUGUUCCUUGUUCAACACAACCCUACAAAUCGCCUCAUGCAAAGCUGGCACUGGUUCAGCUAAAAGCUACACAUGCCAUAAGCCUAACUCCAGCACAACAUGUUCUCAACUCAUAACCAUGCUGUAUAACAUUUCUAUAUUGGAGGAUUUCCAUUUGGACUGCCAGUGAUUGAUUGGUGGAGCAAUGGCAGAAAAAAAACAAGCUGUACAUGUGUUUUAAAAAAGCAAAUAAAUUCCUACUGAUCCCUUUU